AGCUGUCUACCCCUUCAACCACAGAAUUCGACCCCACCAAAAUGGAUAGAGUACAACUUAACAAAAUCCACAUUAGAUACUGUCUGUUACCUUGCCGUUAUCCUAAAUGCCGCCGUGCCUCUGUCUUCCCGCCACCCUCUCCCUCCCUUCUCCAAUUCUUCUCUUCUCCACGCGCCACCGCUUCCAACGCCUUAAACUGCCGCAUGCUUCCUCAAAAAUAGCCCUCGACUCCCCAUUACCCAAUCACACGUCAACCUCUCAGCGUAAUGCCAUCGGAGUUAUUGUGAUCGGCGGCGGCUUAGCUGGCUUAGCAGCUGCCACUCGGCUUCAAGCCGAUAACAUCCCGUUUCUCCUUCUAGAAGCUUCUGAUGCAGUUGGUGGUCGUGUUCGUUCCGAUGUAGUUGACGGAUUUAUCCUUGAUCGCGGUUUCCAGAUUUUCAUUACUGGUUACCCUGAAGCUCGAAAAGUCCUUGAUUAUGACUCUUUAGACCUCAGAAAGUUUUAUUCCGGGGCUCAGGUUUACUAUGGUGGUCGUUUCCACACUGUAGCUGAUCCUCUCCGGCAUUUCUCCGAUGCUCUGCAAUCUUUAGCCAAUCCAAUUGGUACAGUUGUAGAUAAAUUACUCAUCGGAUUGACUAGAUUGAAAGUUUUGACGCAAGGCGAUGAUGAAAUAUUGAAUGCUGAUGAGGUUCCUACAAUUGAUUUAUUGAAAAAGAUCGGUUUUUCGGAUUCGAUAUUGGAGAGAUUCUUUCGACCGUUUUUUGGCGGGAUUUUCUUUGAUAGAGAGCUUGAAACGACGUCGCGGCUGUUCAAUUUCAUCUUCAAAUGCUUAGCUCUUGGUGACAACACACUUCCGGCGAAGGGCAUUGCCGCCAUUCCGGAACAAUUGGCGGCAAAAUUGCCGUCGGAUUCGAUAUUGUACAAUUCACGAGUGGUUUCCGUUGAUUCAGAAUCGGAUUCGAGCUCGAGGAUAAGAGUUAAAUUACAGAAUGGAGAAAUAUUGGAAAGUGAAUUUGGGGUAAUAUUGGCAGUUGAAGAGCCCGAAGCAGUUAAGUUAUUGUCGGAAAAAAUGGCGGGUAAAAAAACCGGUGAGGUUCGGAGCACAGUUUGUUUGUAUUUUUCAGCUGAUCAAGAUAAAGUCCCGGUGCAGGACCCGGUACUUCUUCUUAACGGGUCGGGUAAAGGAAUCGUCAAUAACAUGUUCUUCGCGACCAAUGUUGUUCCCUCCUAUGGUCCAGCAGGGAAGGCAUUGGUUUCUGUAACGCUUGUGGGGCUUUAUGGUGAUGUGGCAGAUGAGGAUUUGGUGGAUCGGAUCGUGAAGGAGUUGUCCGGUUGGUUUGGGGAGUCGGUAGUUGGGUCGUGGAGUUACUUGAGGAUGUAUCGGAUCAAGUUUGCCCAACCGAACCAAUGCCCACCCACUAACUUGAAGAAGAACCCGGAAGUAAAACCGGGGCUGUACGUUUGUGGAGAUUAUGUAACUAGUGCUACUUUUGAUGGAGCUUUGGUUUCUGGGAAAAAAGCAGCAGAAACUUUGUUACAAGAUAGAGCACUAGUUAAUUUAUAGCUUAAUUUUGGUAUAGUUUAUUCAGUUGUGUUAAAGUAGGAAGUUUUCGCGGUGUUCUUGAUCCUUCUUGUUUAUGAUUCAUAAACGUUUCAACCUCAUUUUGAUGCUACAGUUUGUGUAUUAAAUUGUACUAUCAAGAAAGAAGUCAAAUUGGUGUGA